UGCUCAUUGGCACGCGCCUGCCGGUCGUGGGUUCUGCGCGGGUGAGCUGGGAGAGCCGGUGGCGGCGCUGCACUCGGUGGCUGCGGCUCCACGUGCUCCCGGCGGCCGGUUAAGACCGUUGGCGGAGUCUGCAGAGAGGAAUGUCCAGACAAGGUCCAGAGAAGUCAGCUUUUGUUCCCAAGUUUUCUCACUUAGGUGACAGAACUGCUGCCUUUGCUGCCUGGGUUUAUUUACCUCCAUCUGCCUUGUACAAAGUGAUAGUAAACAUCUCAGAAACCAGGCUGUGGGCAAGAGUUCAAACCUGUCUCAGGUAGAAUAUUUAGUCAUUUAACCAAAAAUGGUAUUUUUUACAUGCAAUGCAUGUGGUGAAUCAGUGAAGAAAAUACAGGUGGAAAAGCACGUAUCUGUCUGCAGAAACUGUGAAUGUCUUUCUUGCAUUGACUGUGGGAAAGAUUUCUGGGGUGAUGACUAUAAAAGCCACGUGAAGUGCAUCAGUGAAAAUCAGAAGUAUGGAGGCAAAGACUAUGAAGCCAAGACACAUAAAGGUGAUGCAAAGCAGCAGGCAUGGAUUCAGAAAAUUAAUGAAUUAAUAAAGAAACCCAAUGUCAGCCCUAAGGUUGGAGAACUUUUGCAGCAAAUCAGUGCUUUUGACAAUGUUCCCAGAAAAAAGGCAAAAUUUCAGAACUGGAUGAGGAACAGCCUGAAAGUGCACAGUGAUGCUAUUCUGGAGCAGGUGUGGAACAUCUUCUCUGAAGCGUCCAGCAGUGAGCAAGAUCAGCAGCCACCCAGCCAUGUGGCUAAGUCAUCUGCAGAGAUCCCCACUAAGGUUCCAUCUGCCCAAACAAAUGGCACCACAGAAGAACAAGUAGAGGCAAAGAAGAAUAAAAGAGAAAGGAAGGAAGAACGACAGAAGAAUAGGAAGAAAGAGAAAAAAGAGCUGAAAUCAGAAAACCUGAAGGUCCAAAAGACGAAGAAGCGCAAAAAGGGCCAGGAGGCUGGACAUGAGGCUGGUGGGGAGGAGACCACCAAGGCCAACAGCCCACCAGAAAAGAAAAGGGCCCGGGGUGGGCAGGCUUCAGAAGAGGAUGCAGACAGAAAUGGGGGCCCUGGGGAAGAUGCUGAUGAGGGGCAGACCAAGACAGGGGCAGGAAAACAGAAGCGGCGAAAAUACUCAGAAGUUGAGUCUGAUAACAAAAAGAAAAAGAUGAAGUUGUCAGGACAGCCUGAGGAGGGAGAGACUGAGGACCAUGAGGUUCCAGCGAAAGGUAAAUUCAACUGGAAGGGGACCAUUAAAGCCGUUCUGAAACAGGCUCCAGACAAUGAGAUAUCCAUCAAAAAGUUAAAGAAAAAGGUUAUAGCUCAGUACCACGCAGUGACAAGCGACCAUCACAUGUCAGAGGAGGAGCUCCUGGCCAUCUUCAACAAGAAAAUUAGCAAGAACCCCACCUUUAAGGUGCUGAAGGACAGAGUCAAGCUUCUGAAGUGAAUGCACCGUCACUUCACACACUUUUGACUGCUUCCCUGUACUGUUUGUAAAAUGUGUAAUGAAUUAUAACAACCCGAAUUUUUGCUUUCUGAAACUAUUUUUAAGUUAAGGAAAAAAUAUAUUUUUGUUAAAACGUUUAUGAAAAAAAUAAAAUAUAUUCUUGUCGAAUUCUA